CGGCGCUUCCUUCCUCGCUCCCACCCCUGAGGAGCCCGCCUCAGCUCUGCCUCCUUUGCACCUGGGCCCUGUGGCCCGCGACGGGGAUGAUGAUGUGGUCCAACUUCUUCGUGCACGAGGAGGACCGCCGGCUGGGGGCCGCGGGCCGGCGGCGAGCUCGCGGGGCGCGCAAGGCCAGGCUGGCCCCUGAGCACGACGGGAAGAUCAAGCUGGCGCUGCUGCUGACCUCCGUGGGUGCCACGCUGGCAGUGCUGGCCGUGGGCACCGAGUUCUGGGUGGAACUCAACACCUACAGGGACAACGGCAGUGCCGUCUGUGACGCUGCCCACCUGGGGCUCUGGAAGAUGUGCACCAAGCGUCUGUGGCAGGCGGACGUGCCCGCGGGCAGAGACACCUGCGGCCCAGCGGAGCUGCCGGGAGAAGCAAACUGCACUUAUUUUAAAUUCUUCACCACGGGAGAGGAUGCUCACAUCUUCCAGAGAACCACAAAGAAAGAGGUAAAUCUGGCAGCUGCGGUGAUAGCAGUGCUAGGCCUGGCAGUCAUGGCCCUGGGGUGCCUCUGUAUCAUCAUGGCGCUCAGCAAAGGUGCAGAGUUCCUGCUCCGGGUUGGAGCCAUCUGCUUUGGCCUCUCAGAUUGCUUUCUAUAUGAUGGAUGGGCCUCGUCUAAUCAGUUGAAGGACAAAAAUAAAAUAGAAGAAAAAGCCCCGCCUCCCCCGGGCAAGAGAUAAUUCCCUAGCAGACUGCCUUCACCCUGGAACUGCAACAUCAGCUCUCCUGGGUCCCUAGUCAGCUGACACAGCCUAGAGAUCUUGGACUCCAUAAUCACGUGAGCUGAUUCCUUAUAAUCACUCUUUUUCUGUGCAUGUUACACAUCUUAUCGGUUCUCUUUCCCUGAAGAACCCUGACUAACAGAACGCCCUCCUCUACUGCACUAGGAUUGAUCUGUGGGACCCGUAGCAUAUGGCAGAAGUGACGGUAUGUCACUUCCAAGAUUUGGUUAUACAAGACACCGUGGGUCUCCUCUUGGUUGCUCUUUUAUUUUCUCUCUCUCUCUCUCUCGGACUCUGGGGGAAGACAUGUCAUGAGUGGCCCCAUGGCGAGCCCACAGGGCUGGGGACCAAAGCCUCCUGCCAGCAGCUGUGGGAGUGAGCUUGGGAGUAGCUCCUCUGGCUCCCAUCAGACCUUUGGACCCCACGUCCCGGACCAAGAAGCAGCCUGUAUGCAAACUCACGGGGAGUCCCUGCACAAGCGCCACCCAGCGAAACCCCAUUGAAACUUGGA